ACACGGCGCCAGAAAACCGCAAAGCCGUACGGUACCACCCAGCGCUCAAUUGCAUCUGCUUCUUCUUUCCCGAACACCACCGCGGAUUUCGCCGCCACCACCACCGGCACCGGCACCGGAGCAAUGGCGAGGGGCGAUGUAGAGUACGGAAUUGGGGGAUACAUGGCGCCGCCCCCGCCGCUGCGCAGGCCGUGGUUCCCGUGGCUGGUGCCGAGCAUCUUCGUGGGAACCAUAGCUUUGUUCGUAUACAGUUUGUAUGUCAACAAUUGCCCCGAAGUCACCGGGGCCUACCGCUGCGUUUUCUACCCGUCUUUGGGCAGGUUCUCUUUCCAGCCUCUCACGGAGAACCCCCUCCUCGGCCCUUCCACUGCUACGCUGAAAAAGCUGGGAGCCCUAAACCUGAAACUGGUACAGGAUGGUGAAAAAUGGCGCCUCCUGGCAUGCGUGUUUCUUCAUGCGGGAGUUAUCCAUUUACUGGCAAAUAUGCUGACCCUUCUCUUCAUAGGAAUCCGCAUGGAACGGGAAUUUGGCUUUCUGAGAAUAGGAGUCCUAUAUGUGCUUUCGGGUGUGGGGGGAAGCAUUGCAUCCUGUUUUUACAAUGCUGAUUCAAAAUCGUUAUCAGUCGGUGCCUCGGGUGCACUUUUUGGACUACUAGGAGCCAUGCUGUCUGAGCUCAUUACAAACUGGACAAUUUAUGCAAAAAAGUGUGCAGCACUUGUGAGUCUAGUGCUAGUGAUUUGUGUAAGCAUGGCCAUCGGGUUUCUUCCCCACGUGGACGGAUCUUCUCACUCAGGGGGGUUUGCCUCGGGAUUCCUUCUAGGAUUCAUUCUUCUGGUGCGCCCUCAGUUUGGGUAUGUAAGCCAGAAAUGUGUCCAUCCUGGCUAUGAAAUGAACAAAACAAAGUCCAAAUACAAGUGCUACCAAUACUUUCUGUGGAUUACAGCUUUUGUCCUCUUCAUUAUUGGGUAUGUGAUUUCCUUGUUUAUCCUGUUCCAUACGAAGCUGCCAAAUAACUGA